AUGGACUACCGACGCCUGCAGCUGUCGGUGCUUGCUGAAAGUAGCGUGUCCUCGGUGUGGACGAACUUGUGGGGGCCGUCGGAGGCCGAGCCAGUGCCGGACACUCUCUGGCUCACGAAGGCGCACAUCUCAAGCUCCGGCGGAGACAAGGUUAUGCCGCUGCUCACCGCGGCCUUAGACACUGAGCCACAGACUGCGGGCGCUAUGCAGGUGACUGAGAAGGCGCAGUUUCAGAGCGAGCUCACGGUCUACUAUGACUGCUGGCAGCCCGGGGAGGCCCGCGUAGAGCUUCGUCUGACUCUGGCCGCCGACGAAGAAGGCAACCACAGCCAAGAGAUAUGUCUGGCCUGGUCGAAGGUCUGCCGCUUAGGCUUCGAAGGCCUCGUGGUGCGGCAUGGCGAGUUUAACGAGUGGCCGAUCUUUCCGAGGUCUGAUGAGAACGACAGCAGCGCGCCCACACCGCCCCUGCUGGAUGCCGAAGGCAUCCUAGAGGAUGUCACUAAACUACAGCUCUCCUCACCAGGUGGCGCCAUCCGGUUACAGCCGCCCACAGUAGCCAGCUCAGAUGACAAGCUGCUGAAGGUUGACAUCAGGGGUGCGGCAGUGACGAUGGCUCAAGGAGACACCUUCCUAGAGGUGGGCAGCGAGCCCACCGAGUUUACGGUCGUUUAUACUUGCCAGGGGGCUGGCACUGCCGAUGUGGAGUUGGGACUCUGGCGUGCCGUAGUCACAUCCGCUCACGCCGCGCAGGGAAUGCACCUGCAUUGGCGAAAGCAGUGCGGUGAGGCCACCUACAAAUUCAUGGACAUCUUUGUGAAAAGCGACAUGAACGUGACAAAGGUGCAGGCCAUCUCACGGGGCCGUCCGAUGCCGGGCUUCGAGCCUCCCUGCCGGAACCAGAGCAAGAGCAGCCACCCGGCCGUGGAUGCCGCCAGCCCGAAGUCACCAUCCCGUACCUGUGGCUCCCAGCAGCCCACAUUGGAGGUCACCGCCAAGGAGAGUAAGUCUGCCAUUGAGAUGCGUGUGGACCCGGAAGGCUUGGUCAUGCCCCCGGCCCUGCAGCACCAGCCGGACGUCUCCUUUGACCAGCGCAUCGUGAAAGCCUUCAUCUCACGGAUGCCCGAGCAGUUUGCGCGCCUGGGUCGGAGCAAAGUGUGCCCCAACUGUGGCGACUCCCUCCGGGCCGGCCAAGGGGUGCCAAAGGCCGCUUCUCAGACGAUGAUGCUCAAGUACAUCUGCCACAAAGAGGGCGUCAGCCCGAUCAUGGUGACGAUCUAUGUGGAGGGCUACAAGCCCAUCGACUUCGCCUGGCGCAAGCGCUGUCAGGAGCCCAAGAAGCCCCGAAUCGGCAGGGCGCUGACUGCGCCCCAGGCCAUGACCAUGGCGUUCUUGGUCUGUGGACUCAUCGGUCUGGUCGUUUGCAUGGUUUGCCUUUUCUGCAGUUCCGACUCCAAAGAGAAGGAGAAGCUUUUCUUGGGACGAGGAUCCAGCAAGGGAGGCCGGAACAUCGAGUUCGGUCGUGUCGGCCCCGACUCACAAAGAGUUGGUAUUGGGUCAGACGAAGAGAUUGUCUUCCACUGA